CUAAACUUGACGCCCCAGACAGCGACGGGAGGGAAGCAACAGGUCAACGUUCUGAACCGUUUCUCUCAUCAUGGCCCCGGCCCGCGCGCUAUCCUCCAGAUGGCUAGGAAGGGUCUUCAAUAUUGAGCGUAGCACACCGACAUCCGAAUUGCCGCUGUAUCUCUGCCCGGCAUUCCGCUCGUUGUCGCGGGAGCCCUUCGCUGGGCGUCGACAAUGCAACGCGCCACGCAUUCAAGCCCGUCGACUCCAUACGCAACCUACCGAAGUAACAAGCACUGAGUCGUCGCCAUUGACCAAGCAGCCUACGAAGACGCUGCCGCUACAAUGCCAUGGAUGCGGCGCUCUAUCGCAAACCACCGUCCCCAACGAAGCCGGCUAUUAUGAUGUGUCGCGCAAGGUUGUCAGGCAGUACCUCGGUCUGUUGGAGGAAAAGGAACAUAAGAGGGCCUCCGAUCCCGAUCAAAUCAUACAAAAAACGCUGCAGGCGGUGGAUGUCGACGCCCUGGAACGACAGGGCAUAAACUUGAGAGCUUUGCUCCCGGAGCGUGCCCCUGAGCAAGCUGCGCCCACAGUGGACAAGCCUCCCCUUUGCGACCGCUGCCACACACUCAUCCAUCACUCGGCCGGCAAUUCGAUUUACCAUCCCAGCAUCGAGUCCCUGCGAGACACUAUCGAAGAGUCACCCUACAAGAACAACCAUGUGUACCAUGUCCUGGACGCCGCCGACUUCCCCAUGUCCCUCCUCUCGAGGCUUCAUAGUCUGUUGGAUAUCACAUUACGCACGCAGAACCGCAGAGCGAAACCGGUCAAGUUCCAGCAUGGGAGACGGAUGGAUAUGAGCUUCAUCAUCAGCAGAUCCGAUCUCCUGGCGCCCAAGAAGGAACAGGUCGACUCCUUGAUGCCCUACCUCAAGGAGACGCUGCGACAGGCUUUGGGAAGAGUUGGCGGUCGCAUCAGGCUCGGAAACGUACACUGCGUCAGUGCGAAGAGGAGUUGGUGGACCAAGGAGCUCAAGGAAGAGAUCUGGAAUCGCGGCGGUGCUGGCUGGAUGGUGGGCAAGGCCAACGUUGGCAAAAGCCAGCUCUUUGAGGCCGUCUUUCCCAAAGGCAGGAUGGACUGGGAGGCACCCAAGCACCAAAUCUCGGUCAAAGUUUUCCCACAGUCCCAGCCGCAACCGACCUCAGAACAAGUUGCAGAAGAACACGACACCAACCCGCUUCUCCCAGGCCGGAUUGUUGAUCCCACCGAAGAGUUCUCCCUUCUCCCGCCUCCGCGGCCCGAAACCAACUACCCGGAAAUGCCUGUCGUCUCCUCCCUCCCAGGCACCACCGCCUCGCCGAUCCGCGUUCCCUUCGGCAACGGCCGCGGCGAACUAAUCGACCUGCCCGGCCUCGCGCGAAACGAACUGGAAUUCCACGUCCUCCCCGAAAAGCGGCCCGACCUCAUCAUGAAAUCUCGCGUUCUCCCAGAACAGCAAGUCCUCCGGCCGGGCCAGUCCCUCCUGCUCGGCGGCUUCAUCCGGCUGACGCCGCGCAACGUAGGGCCGCAGGACGACGAGCUCAUCUUCCUGGCCUACGCCUUCACGCCCAUCGCGCCGCACCUGACGGCGACGAACAAGGCGGUGGCGGUGCAGACGCAGGCUGAGGACGCGCCCAACGUGGAGAACAUCGCGGUCCCCGGUACCGGCGCUAAGACCCGGCACGCCGGCGCGUUCCAGGUCCGGUACGACGUCACCAAGGCCCGGACGGGGCCCAUCACGAGCAAGGUGGCUGUGGGCCUCAAGGUUGACAGGUUGCCGUACCGGGUGCUGGGGAUCGACAUCUUGAUUGAGGGGUGCGGGUGGGUCGAGGUGGCCGUGCAGGUUCGCACGAAGCAGCUGUAUCCUCACCCGCAGGAUUUGAGGAGGGUUGGGGCCGGUGCUGGUGAGGGAGGCGCGUCUGAUACCAUGGAGCAACCGCUUCAGAGACUGGAUUUGAGGCCCGAGCCGAUAAACGAGGAGAAGAAGAAGGAAGGGAAGAGGGAGGGUGAGAUGCAGCCAAAGUGGCCGGUUAUUGAUGUGUACAGCCCGGAGGGCAAGUUCAUUGGGUACCGCCCGCCGAUGAAUGCGUGGGUGCUGAACAAGCCUAAGAAGGAGACCAAGUCGAGGCCGCGGAAGAGUAUGAAGGGGGUGAAGAAGAUGGAGAAGGCCAUGAGGAGGGCCAAGGAGUCGACCGAAUGAGCCAUCAUGGCCGUUCUAAUAAUAAGUUGUGAGAUGGCUGUAUAUCCAGUGUAAUAUAUCUUCGGACAUUCCAGGCCGUGGGCCAUCCGGUGAAUAUCUUCCCCUUCGUGGAGGAUUGUACCCGUCGACGCGGGAGAAGGGUCUAGUUCUUAUUCUUCCAAGCCAUGACCGUAUAUCCAGCCAUGCACCGUCUAUCCAGGACAAACGUACAUGCACUCCAAGUAGUAGUACACCAUCCUUACAGACCGGAGACGUGCUUUACCAGCGCCUCAGAACCCAG